AUGAAGACGAUCGAGGAUAUCAACAAGCGCAAGGAGCUCGAGCAGCGCCGACGCGAACAGUCCGAGGCGGAACGGCACAAGGCCCAGGUGCGCGAAAAGAUACGCCGCGACCGCGAAAUCCGCGCACAGCAGCAGCAGCAGCAGCAGCAGGCUGGUCCCUCUCCCGCCGCCCCAUCGCCGAGCGCUGCCACUACCGCCACCGCCGCCACCGCCACCACCACGGCGACCACCACUUCUCCGAGUGCUGCCACCGCUGCCGCUGCCGCUGCCACCUCGGCGGCCAUCGCCUUCCGCAUGCCCGACGGGAGCGUGGAGAAGGCCGACUUUGCCGCCACGAGCACCCUCGCCGACUGCCGGAAACACCUCCGCACCGGUCCGUUUACGCUGAUGACCAACUUCCCGCGCCACGUGUUCGCCGACGAGGAGUACGCCCUCACCCUACGCGACCUGCAGCUGUGCCCCUCCGCCACCCUCAUCCUCACCGGCGCCACGGAGUACGCCUCCUCGGGCGGAGGCGCGGCGGCUGGUGAGGUGGUGAGCACAGGCGGUCCAGGCGGCGGCGGCACGGGCCUCAUCUCGUCGGUCACCUCCUACCUGUGGGGCUUCUUCAGCGCCAGCCCCGCCGCACCACCCGAUCGCCACCAGCAGCAGGCUUCCGCUGCCUCCGCGACCUCCGCAUCCGGGCGUAUUCCGUACAGCGGCGGCGGCGGCGGCGGGGCGGGCAACGUGCACGGUCUAAGGCGAGACGACAUGGAGGGAGAUGAGGACAACGCCUACUGGAACGGAAACUCCACACAACAGCAUCGGGAGGCCCCAAAUGGAGGCUAA